UUGCUAGUUACUUAUUAUUACACAAUGUACCGGCACUACGAGCUCUAGAAAAUGCAUUCCGAGCUGUAUAAAACUGUGAAUAAAAAACUUUGAAAAGCCGAAAUAAUUCUAAAACACAUCUUACUAAAACCCUGGGAAAAGAUUUUAGAUCGCAGUCCGUCUCUUAUUUUCUUCCUCUUUUCUUGAUAAACAGACGGCUUUAAUCCAUUCAUUCAAACUGUUAGAUGAGGCCGAUUCUAUUGAAGGGGCACGAGAGGCCUCUGACGUUUCUCAAAUACAAUAGAGACGGGGACUUGUUGUUCUCCUGCGCGAAGGAUCAUACACCCACUGUGUGGUAUGCUCACAACGGCGAACGCCUUGGGACGUAUCAGGGCCACAACGGUGCUGUCUGGUGCUGCGAUGUCUCAAGGGAUUCCACACGUUUAAUAACUGGUAGUGCAGAUCAGACUGUCAAGUUAUGGAAAGUGGAGAAUGGAACACAGUUAUUUUCUUUCAAAUUUGAUUCUCCAGCUAGAUCUGUGGACUUCUCAGAAGGAGAUAAGCUUGCUUUAAUCACCACUGAUCCAUUCAUGGAGUUGAGAUCAGCCAUUCAUGUAAAGCGAAUCGAGAAGGAUCUGUCAAGGCAGGAUUCUGAGUCUGUACUCACGAUACCUGGGUCUAAAGGCAGGAUAAACAGAGCUGUUUGGGGUCCCCUAAACAGGACAAUAAUCAGUGCCGGAGAAGAUGCUGUUGUACGUCUUUGGGAUUCAGAGACAGGAAAGCUGCUCAAGGAAAGUGAUCCAGAAAAGGGCCAUCAAAAGGGUAUAACUUCUUUGGCUAAGUCUGCAGAUGGUACCUUCUUCCUCACAGGAGCUUCAGAUAAAUCAGCAAAGCUAUGGGACAUCAGGACCUUAACACUUAUAAAAACGUACGUGACUGAGCGCCCUGUAAAUGCAGUUGCCAUUUCUCCCAUUUUUGAUCAUGUUGUAAUUGGUGGAGGUCAAAGUGCAUCUGAUGUCACCACCACAGAUAGACGUGCAGGAAAAUUUGAAGCAAAAUUCUUUCAUAUGAUUCUUGAAGAAGAAAUUGGUGGUGUGAAGGGACACUUUGGACCUAUAAAUGCAUUGGCCUUCAAUCCCGAUGGAAGAAGUUUUGCGAGUGGUGGAGAGGAUGGUUAUGUAAGAUUGCAUCAUUUUGAUCCUGAUUACUUCCAUAUCAAGAUGUAAUUUGGUUUUAAAAGAAAGGUUUUUUUCAUAUUGAGAGCUAGCCAGAGUGCAAAGCUAAAAGGUCUUUUUCUUAUUAAGAGCUAAUCAGAGUGCAAGCUAAGCAAAUAUAAUUUGUAGCCCGGAGUUAGGUGUUGUACUAAAUCAGCUUUUUGAGUGAGGUUAGGUGUUCUACUAAAUCAGCUUUUGCAAUGAAAACAGUUAGGUUAUUCAAAGCACCAUUGUAUGUACACUUCAACUGUACCCGAGCCCUCUCCAAUAACAUCAAAAUGCAAUCUAGUGUGACAAGUCAGGCGAAAUUAUUCUUAUGCUAAAUGUUCCAGUUGAAGUGUUUUAUCUUUAUUUAUAAAGAAGGAUAAUUUAUUUUA